CUCGGCUCCUUGGCUGUAUCCACGGGGCGCUCAGAUUUGCCACGCGACAGUUCGGCGCUCUUCGCCGGGGUCGCAGAUUUACUUGAGGCACGCUGUCUGGACUUUUCGUCCGUAUGUCUCUGCUGGUCCUCAAGUCGUUGAAUAUGCUGUUGAUCAAUACGCUCGGCAGGCUCCUCCAGCAGAAGGGGAGCAUCCCCGACAUUAUUCUUACUUCGACUCCUCCUUGAGAGGUCGGAGAUUGUGAUUAAGGUUCUGACCAGUCGAUUCCACCGAAGUUCCGGGGAUCAAAUCCCUUUCCCUUCAUUUUCGACGGUCCCGGCGAAGGCGGCGUCAUCGCUGGUUGCAACGUUGGGGCCUCUGGCGCCCUGGCAGGCGGUGCCAGAGAAGUCGGAGGCUGCGCUGGAGCUGCCAGUCCAGGCGUUGGAGUUGAUUCCGUGGCUGGGGCAGUCAGGGGAGAUUUGUUAUCACUCCCCAGCUCCACAUCCUCAUGCUUGUGGAGAACCGACUCCACUUCGGCUGAACGCAAAUCCGAGUGGUCUCCCGCACGAGCCCGAAAGCCC